ACAAAGCUCCCAGAACUGACAAAACCAGAUUUCCUCGUCGCUCAAGAAUACUAAAAGUUUCUCGAGAAAAUUCCCGUAUUUUCUGUCAAAUCAAAGACCCUUCCUACUCCUUUCAUAAACCCUAGAUGUCAACGUCAAGCCAACCUCAAUUCCGUUAUACCCAGACGCCAUCGAAGGUCCUCCAUCUCCGUAAUCUCCCAUGGGAGUGUUCGGAAGAGGAACUCGUCGAGCUCUGUAAACCCUUUGGGAAGAUCGUUAACACUAAGUGCAAUGUCGGCGCCAAUCGGAACCAAGCUUUUGUUGAAUUUGUAGACUUAAAUCAGGCUAUUUCGAUGGUUUCAUAUUAUGCUUCUUCAUCAGAGCCAGCACAGGUUCGUGGAAAAACUGUAUAUAUUCAAUAUUCAAACAGACAUGAAAUUGUCAACAACAAGGGUCCGGGAGAUACCCCAGGAAAUGUUUUGCUAGUUACCAUUGAAGGUGUGGAAGCUAAUGAUGUGACCAUUGAGACAAUUCACUUGGUAUUUUCUGCAUUUGGUUUUGUUCACAAAAUUGCUACAUUUGAAAAGGCUGCCGGAUUCCAGGCAUUAAUCCAAUUCACUGAUGCUGAAACUGCUUCUUCAGCGAGGGAUGCCUUGGAUGGUAGAAGUAUUCCCAGGUACUUGCUUCCAGCUCAUGUUACUUCUUGUCACCUGCGAAUCUCAUAUUCUGCACACACUGAUCUGAAUAUCAAGUUUCAGUCUCAUCGGAGCAGGGACUAUACCAACCCAUACCUUCCUGUUAAUCCAACUGCAAUGGAGGGUCUUAUGCAGCCUGUAGUUGGUCCAGAUGGAAAAAAGCAAGAACCUCAGAGUAAUGUGCUACUUGCUUCAAUUGAAAAUAUGCAGUAUGCUGUGACAGUAGAUGUUCUUCACACUGUAUUUUCUGCAUUUGGUGCGGUCCAAAAGAUUGCUAUAUUUGAGAAGAAUGGUGGAACACAGGCACUAAUUCAAUAUCCUGAUGUCAUGACCGCUGCUGUCGCCAAAGAAUCCUUAGAGGGACAUUGCAUAUAUGAUGGUGGCUAUUGUAAGCUUCAUCUAUCAUACUCUCGUCAUACUGAUCUCAAUGUAAAGGCUUACAGUGAUAAAAGUAGAGAUUACACGAUCCCGGACCUAAGUUUGCUUGCGACACAAGUUCCCGGUAUGCCUGCUGGUUCAAAUGCUUCAAAUGUUUGGCAGAAUCCUCAGAGUGCUCCACUGUACCCUGGGACUGACUAUGCAGCUUCAGCUGCAAUUCAAGCUCAACCCUCUGCGGGACAAGUCCCAGCAUGGGAUCCAAGUUUACAGGCUAGGCCACCAUACAGAUCUGUGCCCGGAACCGUUCCUGGUCAAGCUUAUCAACCGUCUGCAGUCUCUGGGUAUAUGAAUGCCGCACCACCUGCUGGUUCAUCACCCCUUUCCCUACCUGGCUUGGCUUCCAUGGGAAUGGCGCCACCAGGGGCAAAUGUUAGGACCGGUGGUGCACAACCUCCAGGUCAGCCUCCUUAUUACGGUCAAUGAUCAUUUUCUUUACGUCUCCCAAGUCGAAAUGAUUUGAAAUUAGAUCUCUUGGUAUGCAAAUCUCUCUGACCCUUUAAGUUAAAUUUUUGUUGGCUUUUCUUUUUGUACCUUUUUCUUAUAAUUCUGAAACCGUUUCCAUUGUUGGAUUUAAAAGGAGAUUACAUUCAAAUGAGUUGGUAAAUCAAAGU